UAUUUUCAAUAUGACUGCCGCAGCCGAAGAAGUGGCUAAUAAUAAUCCUUUGAGUAAAACUUUUGACAGCAAAGCCAGUGCCGAUCUAGAGAGAGUAACUGAUUACGAAGAAGACAAAGAAAUAAGUCCAGUCAAUAUUAGAAGUGUUAUUGAACUCAUUUUUGUAAUCUUUAGAGAGAAAGAACUGGCAAAGGUUUCUAUAAAAAAAGAGGAUGUUGUUUUGAUCAUGAAAGAAAUGGAGAUCUCUAAAUCAGAAGCAGAAUGGAGUCUGAGAAGUAAUGGCGGUGACGUAGUCAGAGCUUUGAUAUCAUUGACAAACUAGGAAAGGUUUUGUAUUUAAUCUUAUGUGUGCUAGUAUUGCAAAGGUAAAUGAUAAGGCUUGUGACGGAGAAACUAUGAAACUCUGCAUUUGAAACCAUGGAAAUCAUUUGAUGUAAUAUUUAUCUUUUUCAAAAUGAAUUUGUGCGCAUUUGCAUUGCGAACCAUUCAUGUUUAAAAAUUUUGUUUUGUUUUUUUCUUAAAUCAAAUCCAACUGAUGAUUUCAAGUGAUUUAAUGUGCGUGAUGGUUAUUUAUUCACUGAAAUGUACAUUUUUUGUUUUGUUGCAUUUUCACGAAAUUGUCAUAGAUGAUUUCCUCAUUAAAACUUUAUCUCUAUA